UCAUAGAUGAGACCGGUGAAUAACCCGGUCUAGGUUUGAAAAAAACGGCCAAAACAUUUGGUAAAAUAUGAUUCCUUCCAUUAUUAUUUCGCCCAUUUAAAGCGAGUAACUAACCCCACCGAAGCCGAGCCGAGCAGAGAGCUCCGUCCAUGGCCACUCCUUUCCUCGCCUUCCUCUUCCUCCUCAUUCUCAUAGCCUCCGCCGCCGCCUCCUCCGCCGAAGGCGCCACCAAGUGCAACGCCUCCGACCGCGAGGCACUACUCUCCUUUCGCUCCGCCCUCUCGGAGUCGCGCCUUGGCAUCUUCUCCUCGUGGUCCGGCGACGAAUGCUGCUCCAAAUGGUACGGCGUCAGUUGCGACCCCUCCUCCGGCCGCGUCGCCGGGAUCUCUCUCCGUGGAGAGUCCCAGGAUCCGAUCCUCUCCUCCGCAGGCCUCUCCGGUGCCCUCAUGUACGGCCGCAUCUCCUCUGACCUCUGCCGCCUCGACCGCCUCACCACCCUCGUCCUCGCUGACUGGAAGCACAUCUCCGGCCCCAUCCCCUCCUGCCUUCCCUCAUCCCUCCCCCUCCUCCGCAUCCUCGACCUUGUCGGCAACCGACUCUCCGGCCCCAUCCCCGACGACAUCGGCACCCUCUCCCGCCUCGCCGUCCUCAACCUCGCCGACAACCAGAUCUCCGGCACCAUCCCGCCGUCGAUCUCCUCCCUCUCAGCCCUAAUGCACCUCGAUCUAAGCAGCAACCGGAUCUCCGGCCCCAUACCCACCGAUUUUGGAAACAUAGCCAUGCUCAGCCGCGUGCUCCUCGCCCGCAACCGCAUUUCUGGCGGAAUCCCCUCCUCCGCCGGCCGAAUGCUUCGUCUGGCCGACCUCGAUCUCUCAGAAAACCGCAUCUCGGGUGCGAUCCCCACCUCCCUCGGCUCCUCCUCGGUGCUCUCCUCUGUCUACCUCGGCUCCAACAAGCUCACCGGCGAAAUCCCUUCGUCGAUGAUCGAAAGCCGGGGGCUCAACAUCCUCAACCUGAGCCGCAAUGCCAUCGGAGGGGAGAUCCCGGACGCGUUCGGAGGGUGGUCGUACUACACCGCGCUGGAUCUGUCGCACAACCAGCUGACGGGGAGCGUGCCGGCGACGCUGGCGUCGGCGGCCUACGUGGGGCACCUCGACCUCAGCAACAACCAGCUCCGCGGCUCCAUUCCAGCUGGCACCCCCUUCAACCGCCUCGACGCCGCUUCCUUCGACGGCAACGACGGGCUCUGCGGCGGCCCACUGCCGGCCUGCUAGUGGGCGGUGCAAAAUCACCGGUGAGCCCCCUUACCUGGAAUGCUAAUUAUCUACCAAGUCGACAGCCUCAUUACCAUAAGUUGAAAUGCAAGUCAUCAAUUUGAAUAAUUGAAAAUUAUUUGAGUUUUAUCUUUAAAAAAAACAAAAACAAAAACAAAAACAAAAACAAAAACAAAAACAAAAAAUGGAACCCCAAUCGCAGAGUUGUUGGGGCUAAGUAUGAUCAAGUACAGUGUUUUGUUAUUGUUUGGGGUGGUUGAUUGUGGUUAAGGAACAUGUAAUUUGGUUUAUUUAAGACGCAAGUUUGAGAGACCAGUGCAA